GUGCUCAUCUGUUGACGAAGACCGAUAGCAUUUGGGUGUGACCAACAUUGCAUUAAUCGCUAUCAACUAGUUGAGUACAUCUUGUCUUCGAUUGCAUGAUAUUAUAGAUUCAAGCAGCAAGCGAGUCCCUACCCCAUCUUACUACUGCAAACUUCGACUUUCCUUCCGUAAAACAAAAUUAAAGAAUAUAAAUGGCUACGAACACGUACUGUUGGUUUGCGCUGGUCGCAAUUUUCGGCGCCAUUUUGUCUAUUUCGUCACCCGCCGAAGGUCUUGGAACGGUGUAUGAUAUCGACGUUAACAAAUAUGUCGGAACGUGGUAUAACAUGUAUACAAACUUCUGGGCAGACCUAUUCGCUGGCACGAAUGGCGCAGAGUGCACUACGGCUGAGUACCAGAAGAUAUCUGAGACCAACGUGACUGUAUUCAAUGCCUACAGUGUUCGAGGGGGUCGCUCUGACACAAUUGAGGGGUAUGCCUACAUCCCUUUCCCAAGUCUCGAACCGGGAAGGCUUCUUGUCCGACUAGAAGGAGUACCCCUGGCAACGCCAUAUUUUAUCAUCAAACUUGGUCCGAUAGUCAACGACCAGUACGAGUACUCCAUCGUAACGGAUCCUGCUGCUGCGGCUCUCUUCGUCCUCGCCCGUGACCCCGCGAACUUUGACAUCAAGUAUGACGCAGAGGUCAGGGAAUACCUUCUUGUGACGGGUUUCACGAGCCCAAACACGCAACCAGUGCGCGUUUACCACGGAGAUGACUGCACUUAUUUCUCACCAAGAGCGUAAAAAAAAUCUUUGAAAUUUGGACACGAACAUGAUAGAGGAAAUUAAAUCUACAUCAAAAAUUGGCAACUGAUCAACUAUAGUGUUGUUUGGGGCGACCUCAAUAAGGACCUCUUAUUUGAAUUAAAAUGCACUUAUUCUUCUUAUGUUUUGUGCUGAUUUUUUUUCUUAUCUUAUAGGCAACCAGAUGUGGGUUUUUUUUUGUUCAAUCCCAUUUUCAGCCAAGAACGAAGUCAAUAACAAGUACUUUCCCUAUUUAUUAAUUCAUUCAUCUCGCCAUUAUUAUUAUUGUUAUUUUUUUUUUGGGGGGGGCAAAGUAUGAUAGGCUUAGAGUAUGAACACUUUCUGUUCAAUAAUUGAAAACUCACAGAGUAUAGCUUACUCACUUGGUCAUUAAAAAAAGAAACAGUCGUAGUUCAACAAAACCUGUUUUUUCUUGAUUGGGCUAUUUUUUCUCAUGUCACAAUAUUUUUCAUUGUUUAAAUAUAUCAUA